AUGGCUCCCUCCACGAACAUCGAUGAUCCGCGGAUGAGCUCUAUCAAACCAAGAUUGAAGUACAACACCAUCGGUGGUGUCAAUGGACCUUUGGUCAUCCUAGACAAUGUCAAAUUCCCAAGAUUCAACGAGAUCGUCAGCUUGACACUGCCUGAUGGCACCGAGCGAUCAGGUCAAGUCCUGGAGGCCAGAGGCAACAGGGCCGUUGUGCAGGUGUUUGAAGGCACCACUGGUAUCGACGUGAAGAAGACCAAAGUCGAGUUUACUGGCCACAGUCUCAAAAUUGGCGUCUCCGAAGACAUGUUAGGACGAGUGUUCGACGGAUCAGGAAGAGCCAUUGACAAGGGUCCGAAGGUGUUGGCAGAGGACUAUCUUGACAUCAACGGCAGUCCCAUUAAUCCAUACGCCAGAGUCUAUCCCGAAGAGAUGAUUUCCACAGGUAUCUCGGCCAUUGAUUGCAUGAACUCGGUCGCUCGUGGCCAGAAGAUUCCCAUCUUCUCCGCCUCUGGUCUUCCACACAACGAAAUUGCAGCUCAGAUCUGUCGGCAAGCCGGUCUCGUCAAACAAGCAGACAAGGGUGUCCAUGAUGACCACGAAGACAACUUCUCGAUUGUAUUCGGUGCUAUGGGUGUCAACAUGGAAACUGCCCGCUUCUUCCAGCGCGAUUUCGAAGAGAACGGCUCGAUGGAACGUGUCACACUAUUCAUGAAUCUGGCCAACGAUCCCACCAUUGAGCGCAUUAUCACACCUCGUCUUGCUCUCACCACCGCCGAAUACUACGCCUACCAGCUCGAGAAGCACGUUUUGGUCAUUCUUACCGAUCUGUCUUCCUAUUGCGACGCCUUGCGAGAAGUCUCGGCCGCCCGCGAAGAAGUCCCUGGUCGUCGUGGUUAUCCCGGUUACAUGUACACUGAUUUGUCCACCAUUUACGAGCGCGCCGGCCGUGUCGAAGGCCGCAACGGAUCCAUUACUCAGAUUCCGAUUCUGACCAUGCCUAACGACGAUAUCACCCACCCUAUCCCCGAUCUGACAGGGUACAUUACGGAGGGUCAGAUUUUCGUUGACCGUGGUCUCUACAACAAGGGCAUCUAUCCUCCUAUCAAUGUCCUGCCUUCGCUAUCGCGACUCAUGAAGUCUGCCAUCGGCGAGGGACUUACACGUAAAGACCAUGGUGAUGUGUCCAACCAACUCUACGCCAAGUAUGCCAUCGGUCGAGAUGCCGCCUCCAUGAAGGCCGUUGUUGGCGAGGAAGCUCUGUCAUCCGAAGACAAGCUAGCUCUCGAGUUCCUUGAGAAAUUUGAACGGCAAUUUAUCCAGCAAUCUGCGUAUGACAAGCGGACAAUCUUCGACUCUCUCGAGAUUGGCUGGUCUUUACUGCGUAUCUUCCCCAAGGAAUUGCUCAACAGAAUCAACCCCAAGUUACUUGAAGAAUUCUACAGCAGAAAGGGCGGAAAGAAGGAGCAACAGAAGAAGGGCAACAAGGACACUAGAGACAACGAGCAGAAGAACGAUGCGCAGACGAACGGUGAGACGGAGAAUCUCAUUGAUGCUUAA